AUGGGGUCCCUGCUCCCCUUCCUGCUGCUGGCGUUCCUCGCUGCCACCGCGGACCACCCAGGAGGCAGGGGCCCCCGAAGGCGCUGGACCACCCCUGUGCUGACCACAGGCUCCAUCGCCACUUUUUCUCCAACGUCCUUGGAGACCUUGGCGCCUUUCUGGGUGCGCCUGAGCCCCAAGCAGGCCGCCGUGUCGCCGGGGGGUUCCCUGUGGGUCAACUGCAGCAGCAGCUGCCCCCUCCCGCAGGAUUCGGGGCUCCGCACCCAGCUGCGGCGUGGAGGAACGCGCACAGGGCCUGGCUGGGUGUCCUACCAGUUGCUGGACGUGAGGGCCUGGAGCUCCGACGUGUAUUGCUUCGUCACCUGCGCGGGAGAGACGCGGGGGGCCACGGCCAGGAUAACCGCCUACAAACGGCCCAGCAGUGUGAUCCUGGAGCCUCCGAUCUUAGACGGCGGCGAGUACACGCUGCGCUGCCAUGUCACGCACGUCUUCCCAGUGGGCUUCCUGGUGGUGAUGCUGCGCCGGGGCGGCCGCCUCCUCUACUCCGAGAGCCUGGAGCGCUUCACCGACCUGCAUCUGGCCAACGUGACACUGACUUACGUGCUGCGAACCCGGCCCCUGGAUUUGGGGCUACCGGUGACGUGCCACGCGCGCCUCUACCUCGAUGGCCUGGUCAUCCGCAGCAACUCGGCGCCCAUGACGCUCCCGGAGCUCACUCUGCAUCCUGCAUCCAAAACCUUAGCGUCCGCCUCUAUCGCUGCCCUGGCGGGGAUCCUUCUUGUCGUGGGGUUCACCUACCUGCGGAAAUGCCUGCUGAUGCAUCAGUAG